UACGUACUGUAUUAGGAGUCUUGAAAGUCAAAGGUAGAGUCAUAGGUGGAGGAGUUGUACAUCAGUUUGAUCUUUCAAUUUUGUUAUCAUCGUCAGAGUCAUCAAGGCUAUUAAGAUUAAGUGUCUUUCCUUGUUACACCAAUUUCAAUGUUCGCAUAAUAAUUGCCUUUGCCUUUAAUACAUCCUUUAUCACGAAUGCUAAUGGUGGAUCAUUUAUACAACUAGCUACUUCGUAA